AUGUUCGUCGUGUCACAAUCUUCCGACACUAUCAGAGCGCUUAUAAUUGGCGCUUACUGGUUAGCUGAUAUAUCAUACACGUUGCUUGGGCAUGCUAUCCGCUUGGCCAUGAGACUCAAUUACCACUUGGCCUACUACGCGGUCAUGAAGGGCGGCGCAGAGCAAGAAGACAUUAUAAAAGCACGUCUUUGGUAUAUCCUAUACAUCCACGACCAUCAGUCAAGCAUCUUCAAUGGUCGACCUGCUUUGAUCUCCGCUUCUGAAGAGCCGCAUCAACAAUGGGAAGCCUUCAUCCGAAUCAACGAGAACCAAGAAGUAGAUUUGAGAAUGUCAAGUCAGAUUGCGCUCUAUCACAUUACGUCAAAGGUCAGAGAUGUCUUUGGCGGAGAUCCGUCACAGGGUGUACCGAAUCACAGUCUACCCCAGCUUCGUGGGUACUUCGCCGAAUUAGAUCGAUGGUACAUGAUCUGGGGCAACAGAAUGCCACGAAAUGCUUACGUUGGCUGGUUCCCGAGAGAUGGUGCCAUCUUGAAUUACCAUUUCGCCCGGCUACACCUCUGCUCCUACAUCUUCCGAGGCUUGUCUUUAGGAUCCUUGCCCAGCGCAUCUGUCGAGGUGCAGGAAUUUGGGAGAACCGCAGUCACGUCUGCCGGAGCCGUGCUGAGCUUAGCCGUUGAACGUGACGAUUUACGAUCAGCGCUUGUCGGUAUGCCCAUAUACUACCAUGCCAUGAUCAAUUUCGCGGCUGUGUUCCUUAUCAAGGCAGCUAAGAUCGGUUUCCCGGAUUCCACAGCGGUGAAUGCCCCAACCGUACUAUCCCAGGUGAACGACUGUGUACGCGCACUUCGUGCACAGAAUGCUUCCAGUCAACACCUUGUAUACCAUCUGGCUAAUGGCUUGGAAGGAUACAUGAAGGUGCUUUCUGAUCCCAAUCAGGAUGUUUCAAUGCUUCCGGGACGUACGGGUGCUUUGGGAGAUAACGCCUCGACGCUAAGUACAGCGGAUUCGAUCUUUAUGCUCGACACCUUUGAUCUAUUUUCCUAUGUGAAUAUGUAG